UGUAGCAAAUCGCACGCGAUUCGGCAAAAUUGCACCACAUGUUUAGUGAAUUUCUGGCUCUAAUAUAAUAUCAGUAGCCAAAUGACCAGUGUCAUUACACGAAGGAUAUCCCAAUUAACCAGGUCCCAGUAUUUCAAGUCAAAAAUGGCGACUGUACUCGAUGUUACGGAUUAUGAUACUAUGGAAGAUCACAUAGCCAAGACAACGGAAAGUCUUCAAAAAGGAAACAUAGUUGCUGUUCCCACUGAUACUAUAUAUGGUCUUGCAGCACUGGCUCAAAAUACAGAAGCUGUCAACAAAAUAUAUGAAAUCAAGAAUAGAGCAAACCAAAAACCUGUAGCUAUAUGUGUGGCAGAUGUAAAAGAUGUUUGCAAAUGGGGAAAAGUGACAGUGAGUAAUGAUCUCUUGCAAGAGCUUUUACCGGGACCAGUGACGUUAGUAUUUGAGAGGACGCUGUCUCUGAAUCCUGAUUUAAAUCCAGCCACAUCUUUGGUGGGAAUCAGAAUUCCUAAUUGUGACUUUGUUCGACGUCUUGCGAGGAGUUGUGGGGAACCUCUAGCUCUUACCAGUGCUAACAUCAGUUCAGAGGAGAGCCCUCUGUCAGCUCAGGAAUUUUCUCAUCUUUUCAACAAAAUUGAUAUUGUUUGUGAUGGCGGAACAUUGAGUGAAACUCCAGAAUCCAGGUUUGGGUCAACAGUCAUACGACUUACCACCCCAGGAAAAUACAGUAUAAUCAGGGAGGGAAGUGCAUAUAAAGCCACAGUGAAUCUACUUGUCAACAAAUACAACUUGGAAGAAGAAUCUUUCUCAACUUUUAUUUAGUGAUGACUAAAAUCAUAGCCAUUAACAUAUUCUUAUUGUUAAACCAAAAUCAUGUCCAGUGCAAGAAGUUGGUUGAAGGUUUUUGACUAACAUUUUUUGGUUGCAUGCUGCCCAUACUGGAACUCUUAGUCAUAACAUACAGGGUUGGCUCUGUGAAUUCUUUUCCUCCUAGCCACUUUUUAGCCAAGGGGCUGUCACUUUUAGCCAUUUUGAGUCAGCUCUAGCCAUUGCCGAUACAUCUUGGGGCCGACCCAGCCCUCAGUAACAUGUGCGAGAAUGGCAGCCCGCCAGUACUGAGACCAGCAAAUCAACGAACGAUCGAGGAACCCGUGACCGGAGACUCCAUGGCAACGAAGCGAGCGGGAAACUAGCCGAUAAUGUAUGCGUAAGGCGACCAGCAGCGCCAUAAAAAUCACUAGCGGCAACGGGCAGAACUACAAUGCAGAUGAUAGCAACCACGUGUGAUAGCGCGGCCGCCCGCAAAUAUGAUAAAGUUUGACUGACUAACGAUCGUUCCUUGGUGAAUUUGGUGUGGAAGUGGAUCUUUUUGGUAGACAUUGAUCAAUUUUCGCACAACACUAUUACUCUCUCCCCAAAUCAUGGCAUUUCAAAUUGAAAUCGCAAAAUCUUUAGGCUGACAUUGUUUUACAUUCGCCACUUGUGUGCAGCAUUCGCAAGUGGCGAAAAUGCGAACGGGCGCGCCAACCCUGACAUACAAUCGUGACAGCCCAGCUAUGAUUUCAAUGGUGUAUGUAUAUCAAUUGCUAUUUAAGUUGUAUUUAAGUGAGAUGUUUCCAACUGUGAUAUAAAUGUGUUUUGUGUGGUAAAGAAGCACAUAUACUUGCAGUACUGUACUGACACGGGUACUAGCAGUUUUGUGCUAACUUGACUACAUAAUUUUAAGUAAAUGACAGGUCUUUUAGGUUGCAGGAUGGCUUCUGCAGUACUUGUUAUAACAUAAUGGCUGCUGGCACUGUGAGAGUCUUGACAGCUCUUGACGAUUUUACAGCAGUUGGGCUUGGUGCAUGUUGGUGAUGCAAAUUGGUAUUCCAGUGGCAGUGCUUUGGAAGUUCUUGGUCAAAGGUGAAUUUCAGUUGGGGUGGGGGGUAUCACCUAAAAUAUCUCCAAGGUUUCUAGA